AUGGCUUAUAAUUGCGAUGAUCCUAAUCGAUAUUACGAUGUACUUGUAGAAACAAAAUCAAACAAAACAUUUAUAUCAGGUACUACAAUGUCAGCUAUACCAAACGAAACUUUAAGAUCGAAUCCUGUCGUACAACCAUUGAACAUUUCUUAUGGAGAUAGGCUUAUUACGGACGCCGAUAUGGAACGCAUAGUUAAAGAAGCACUCAUAGAUCAAGAAUGUACGAAACUUGACUUAAGAUCAAAUAGAAUAACGCAUGCGGGUGCCGCAAUACUUGCCAAUGCAUUAAGAAAUAAUAGGACUCUCACUGUUCUAUGUCUCUACGACAACGAAAUUGGAGACAGAGGAGCACAACAUUUGGCUGAUGCAUUAAAAUCUAAUACAGCACUCACCAUAUUAAACCUUUACAAAAAUAUAAUCGGACCUAUUGGAGCACAAUAUCUGGCUGAUGCACUACGACAUAACAGAACACUCACCACACUGUAUCUCUACAACAAUCAAAUAGGAGAUACAGGAGCACAAUAUCUUGCUGAUGCUUUAAGAAAUAAUGCAACACUCACGUCACUAAACAUUUGGAACAACAAUAUUGGACCUAUUGGAGCACAACAUAUUGCUGAUACAUUAAGACAUAAUACAACACUUACAGGACUAUAUAUCCAAUACAAUAAUAUUGGACCUGUUGGAGCACAACAUCUAGCUGAUGCAUUAAUAAAUAACAGAACACUCAACACAUUAAAUCUCCAAUACAAUCAAAUUGGAGACACAGGAGCACAAUAUCUUGCUGAUGCAUUAAAAACUAACACAACACUCACUUCGCUAAAUAUUUAUGUGAAUGAUAUCGAAUACCAGCUUGAAAACAGCAUCAAGCAGCUGAUAGAACGGAAUCAGCAAAGUAAAAAGUAG